AUGGACAGAUGGACAGAUGGAUGGAUGGAUGGAUGAUGGAUGGAUGAUGGAUGAUGGAUGGAUCCAUGGAUCCAUGGAUGGAUGGAUGGACAGAUGGACGAACAGACGGCCUAGCAGAUGGACAAAUGGACUCAAGCUCCUUUGGACUGAAGCCUUUCCUCAAGAGCCCUACAGGUGCCCAUCUCCCUUUGGUUGCUUCUCCCACUGGAUUUUGGGAGUUCCUGACUCAACCAUUGCAACCCCUGGAGCUCCACAUCCCCACCCGGGUCCCUCCCAGCCGAGCGUCUCCUCCUCCCCCCCAAAUCUCUUCAUGGGGGUCAACCACCUUGAAGAAUCAUUUUUUAAAAAGACCCAGAACCCCCCCAAAACCAACCCCGAGCUCCACGGCCGGGGCUCCCUUGGCACCGGCAACGUCCCCCGACAUCCGGGCGGCAGCCGGAGCAUCUGUGCCGGAGGGCUCGGGGUGGCGGUGGGGAGGGAGAGAGGAAAUCUGGAACCCAUAAGCUCCAGAGCCGCUGGCGUUCCCCUGCAUUGGUCUGCGCCUGGUCCGCCCCCGCCCCGCUCGCCCUAUCAGCAGGAGCCGUUCCCGAAGUCAUCCCGGCGCCCUCCUCUCCUGGCCCAAAGGAAAAAGCCAAGGAGCUCCUUGGAGAGCUCCGCGGGGCUUGGGGCGCCCGGGCAGCCCCGAGGGCGAAUGCUCCGGGCCGCGCCUCGGGAGCCACCGGCGGCUCCUCCGCAAGCCGGCCGGCCGAGGAGAUGAAGGAGGAAAACCUCUCCCCGGAGUCCCCCGAGGGCAGCGCGGCCACCAGCGAGGACGAAGCCGAGAGGCCGCCCAGGAAAAGCGGCCGCAAGCGCGGGCAGGGCCCCGGAGGAGCCCCCUCGCCGCAGGGCAAGCGCAGCCGGCGCAGCCCGGCCCCGCAGCCCCCCGAGGAUGCCCACGCCCAGAGAGUGAUCGCCAACGUGCGGGAGCGCCAGCGCACCCAGUCCCUCAACGACGCCUUCGCCGAGCUGCGCAAAAUCAUCCCCACGCUGCCCUCGGACAAGCUGAGCAAGAUCCAGACGCUGAAGUUGGCCGCUCGCUACAUCGAUUUCCUGUGCCAGGUGCUGCAGAGCGACGAGCUGGACCACAAGGUCGCCACCAGCUGCAACUUCCUGGCCCACGAGAGGCUCAGCUACGCCUUCUCCGUGUGGAGGAUGGAGGGCGCCUGGUCCAUGUCGGCGUCUCACUGAGCUGGGUCUCCGCCUCGAUGGAAGCAGCUCCAACACCCAAACCCCCCCAGGAACCACCCUGGAGAGAGGAGGGAACGAUCCCCAAACCCCCGGCAGCUCCCAAAAACUUGAGGAAUGAGCCCGAGGGAGCAGCAGGAGCUGGUUUGAGUCUCUUCGGAUGCUGCCGGAGGAACCGGGGGCUGUGAUUUAUUGUGGGCUCGCAGGUAAGGAAUGAUCCCAGAUUCCUGGAGCCUCCUGGAGCGGGCAUGACAAUUCCUCUGGAAUGAGGGGAAGGGGAAGGGCUGGAGCCCCCCUGAGCUUUUAUCCCGCUCCGAAGGCUCUGCCGGGACCUUCCCUGGAUGAGCACGGGGGAUUUGGGGGCUGCUGACCCCACGGAUUGACCUCAAAAACUCCCUGCUGGAACCACCCGAAUCCCUGGAAUUUAUCGGCACUCCAGGCUGGAGACGGAGCCGGCGGGAAUGGGGGAUUUUUGGGGUCGUUUUGGGAACUCUGGGGGGGUUUGGGCUCUUUUUGGGGGCACAGAAAAGACGAUGGAGGUGCCCAAAACCACCCCAAUAAAGCCCAGGGGGAAUUUUCCAAGGUUCAAUCCUCGUGUUUCCUACGGAAGCUGCCGGCUCCCCUCAGCUGAGCCGCUUUUAUUGCAAUCAGGCAAAACAAAAUCAGAGUUUUUUGCCUGUUAUGGCACAAAAAAAGGGGGGAAAUCCUUUCCAGGGAGGUCUGAACCCCCAAAUAUUCCACGGGAGAGGAGCUCAGUUGUGAUCAGAUUUGGGGAACACCGGAGAAUCCACGGAGGAGCCACAGGAAAGCCCAGAGCGACCUUUUCUACCCAAUUCCCAAUUUUUCUGAGCAGUGGGAGUGGAUUGCAGCCUUCAAAAAAAAAAUCUGGGGAUGCUUAAAAAAAAUUCAAAACUCCCUUAAAAA